CAUGCAGUGACGAGCAAAAAUGUUCUGUGAAUAACGUUAAAAAAUCUUAAAUAAAACCUUAAACAACAAUACAUCAUUCAUCUUAUAUAAUAAAAUUAUUUUCAUUUCGAGUAUUCAUGUAUUUCAUGAUUGUGUCUAAUAUAUCAAUGAAUAUAAAAAUAAUUAUCUUUCGAACAAGUUACAAAACAAAAUAAAAGGAAAAUAUUUAUAGAAAGAACAGAAGAUUUUUCGGAGUUUAGAAAAGGAUAAUGCUUAUUAACAGUGAUAUUAGUGUAAUCAAUUGAAUUGGAUGAGUAUCAAUAAAAAUUACAUCAAGAACAAAAUUAGUUCAAACCGGUAGUGUUUGUGAGAAAAGAAUAAUCUAUAUAAUAGUAUUUACAAUGUUAUAUUUCAUACAAAAUAUACCCAUACAGAAUAACGGAAUUGCCUUCCAGUUUAUCGAUUCCAUGAAACAGACUGAUACGAAAAAAGGAUAGGAACUGAUGGGUGCGCAGUAUGGACCACCCUUAUCGUGAACGUUGACGUGUAACUUCAUAUGAUAUGCAAAUUUAAGACUGUUGGAAUCAACAACAGUCAUUCAAGGAAAAUGAAGAAGAGAUUGCUCCUUUGCUUUUUCUGCGCUGUCAUAUUCUUCAUCUUGAUGAUUUCUACUGAUAAUGACUUUAUUCAACAACACGUUUCACCAUUGAUGAACAUCGUUGUUUGGGAUGAUAUUUCGUGUUACAAUCAACCGAAUAUGCCAGACAGUCUUUUGGAUUUUGAUCCUAAAUUAGAUAAACCAAACACGGAUAGGAAUAUCUUCUUCCACGAGACAUCCUGUUUUGAUGAAAACGGUUUGAUGUUAAACGCUCGCCAAGCAUGUGCUGUCGAAUCCGCCGCAAAAAUGAAUCCAAAUAUGAACGUGUAUCUAUUAUUUGUUUCUCCUUCGAAGAUUUCCAUAGAGUCCAAAGAAAUGUUUGAACAGCUACAAACUUAUCCAAACAUUCAUAUCAGAUAUAUCAAACCCGAAAAUUAUAUGAAAGAUACACCUUUAGAUAUAUGGUACAAAAGUGAUAUAUUGAAAAGAAGUCGAUGGCCAAGAAAUCAUAUGUCUGAUAUUCUAAGAUAUCUGACACUUUGGAAAUACGGAGGAAUAUAUUUGGACCUGGAUGUGGUUGUCAUCACAUCCAUUGAACAUUUAACAAAUUUCGCCGGUGCUGAAGAUUGGAAGUAUGUAGCUGCAGGUGUAAUAGGAUUUGAUUUUUCAACGCUAGGUCGAAGAAUGGCUGAUGCUUGUAUUCGUGAUAUACGAGCAAAUUUUCGAGGUGAUAUUUGGGGUAAUAAUGGUCCUGGUGUAAUUACUAGAACAUUACAAAAAUUUUGUUCAACAAAAAAUAUUCAGAACAUGUCCACGAAUCGAUGUCAAGGUUUUAAAGUUUUUCCUCCUUCGACUUUUUAUCCAAUCCAUUAUGACAAUUGGAAAGUAUACUUUCAGACAAAGAACAAGAAUGCAACGAUGAAGAUGUUAGAAAAAGCAAUGGCAAUUCAUGUGUGGAACAAAUUAAGCAGCGCUGAAAAGGUGGACAUAAAUAGUGAUGUACCGUAUGUGAAUAUCGCGAGAAAACAUUGUCCAAAGAUUUUUAAUAAUUGCGGGAAAGUAUUUUAAAUAAUUAUCAGUGAAUUUAAAAUUAAAAAAACGUGAAAUAAGAAAACACAAUCAUAUCAUCUCUUGCAUUACUCAAUGAAUGCAUAUCUUUUUUACAAUGACGAAUUAUACUUUCUACAAUAUUUUAGGAAAUUUUUUUUAAUGAUAUAGAUUAAUUUAUAUAAAUAUCCAAUACAUAUGCUUGUAUUUUUCUACACAAUGUUAAUAAAUAAAAAUUAUG